CUAAAUUCUACCAUUUUCUUCUAAUAGCUCAUUAUAACAGUCUAGCUUUUAACCGACCAAUUAACAAACAUCUUGUCGGCAUGAAGGACCAUCAUUCCCUACAUCACAUGUACACACAACCUAGGUGUACACCACAGUUUUAAACAAUCAUGAUCGUCCAAUAAAAAUCCCAUGAAAAGCAACGGUCAGAUUGAAUUCCUGUACACCUAAAUUUCUACAUCGCGUAACACAGGAUCAACAAUUAUAGAGACCAUGCUAUAAUGGUAACACGUUCAUGACACCGAGCAUCAGCCAUUGAUAAAUAUAGUAAAAGCUUUUCCACAGAGUAGCUGGAGACCAACCGUCUCUUCAAGUGUAUUCUUCUUUAGCUAAAUUUAGUCAAAAGUUUCAAUCUUUUUGGUUUUGGGUUUUAAAAAAAAGUUUGGAUUUUUGAGUUUUUUCCUUUUUUUGACAAUAGCCCACAAGAGGAAAAUUGUUGGAAAUUAAUGGCGGAGGAAGCAGUGAAACCGGCGCCGGCCGCGGUGGAAAAUGAGCCGCCUCUCGCGGCUGCCCCACCGGCUCACGACGCCGUGGAGGAGAAGGCUGUUGUCCCUGCAGCUUCUGCUCCUGUCGCCGACAGUAAGACUAGCUUCAAUUUGUAUUCAUUCACAAUUUUAUUUGUUUUUGAAUGAUUAACUUGCCUUUCUGAAUAAUUUGGAUUGUGAAAUGAAGUGGGAUUGAUUCUUUUGAGUGGAUUUUCCAUAUUGGGAAGUUUAUUUAAAGUUUCUUGAUUCUUAUGCGUUUGCAAGAUUCUGUUUCUGAGUCUCCUCCACUCCACACAUCACCCAGCCAAAGGAGGGAAGAAUAAAUAAAGUUCUAACAAAAAGUUGACGUAUCAUCCUUUUUAUUAAUGAUUUUCACAAAAGAGAUAAGAAGUUUUCUGUUUUUUUUUCUUCUUUUUUUUCCAUUACUGGCAUUGUUCUUAUAUUCUUUAAAGGAAAUAAAAGUGACUUCUUUUUCGUGGUUCCUGAACUUAAUUGGUUGUUCAUGGUGUAUGAAAAGCUAUGGCCUGAGUUGUUUUUGCUGUCUUUGAACGCUAGAAUAGGAAUCCUGGUGAUAUUACUUUUAUACAGGUUAUUUUAUAUAAUAAUUCCCAUAUUUUGCAUGGUCAAGGGAAUGUUUUAUUUACUGAAAAUUUAUAAUAAAGAGCAUCUUAUUCUAGGGCCAAGUUAAUGUCUUUCCUGAAUUGAGGAGGGUACUUCUAGUGGUGAUUAUAUGUUGAAAAUUUGAGUGCACUGACACCUUUGCACUUUAACCGUGUCAUGAGUUGUAUAUAUCCAUAUAUCAGUCAUGUGUGGCCUAUUGUGAGCAGCAUUGAGUUUCAUUUCUGAGAGGGAUCACUUGAAAGGUCGUCUUGAAUAAUUUUUUUUUUUUUGGUGAAGUCUUAUGUCUCUGAGCAUGUUGAAGUCUAAGAAAGGUACUAGUUUGAUGAAUUGUAGUGCUUGUUCUGCGCAUGAUCAUAUUUGUUAAAUUUAGAAAAUUCGGUUCGUUGGAGCUUGUUUUGUACAAUUGUAUGCUGCGAUGUUGCAUCUCAAUGUAUUCCUCGUCUUCCUGUUUUACAAUCUUUUAUUGACCUUCCAAUAUCAUUUUGUAAGAUACCUCUAUCCCAUGCUGUUAUUUUAGUUCAAUUUUGGGGGGUUUUGAUAGCUUUAGCAUAAAUUUUACUUCCACAUUCUGUCCAAUAGUUUUUCUGUUAUAUUGGGUUUCUUAUUGAAAUAUUCUCGGACUUGUUGAACUCAUGAAUCGAGACACGCUCGAGGACUAUGCUCUGUUUUUGUUUAUUAAUGGUGGUUAUGUUCAUCACUUGCUUCCUGUAUAUCCACAUGAUAGUUAUAUCUAACAACUAGUAUGUCCGUGCUUUCGACAGAAGCUUCAGAACUUGCAGUGCAGAAGCCUACCAAAGGAUCACUUGAUAGAGAUAUUGCACUUGCCCAGGUUGAAACUGAGAAAAGGUUGUCUUUCAUCAAGGCAUGGGAGGAGACUGAAAAAGCUAAAGCCGAAAACAAGGCACAGAAGAAGUUGGCUGAAGUUACAGCAUGGGAAAAUAGCAAGAAAGCAGCUAUUGAAGCUGAACUAAAGAAAAUUGAGGAAAAAAUGGAAAAGAAGAAGGCAGAUUAUGCAGAGGCGAAGAAAAACAAAAUAGCUGCAGUCCACAAACAGGCUGAAGAGAAAAGAGCCAUGACUGAUGCCAGACGUCGGGAAGAAAUCCUUAAAGCAGAGGAAAUGGCUGCCAAGUAUCGUGCAACUAAUUCAACUCCUAAACAGGUGGGAUGCUUCGGAGCCUGA